AUUGGGGAGCGGGAGCCGAGUAUUUCCGUGUAGAGCCUGCUCACUGGCGUUCCUAGUCCCUUCUUUCGCUUCCUCAACAACUCAGCUUCAAAUCCUUCCUCACCCGCACCCGCACCUCUCUCUGACCGACUGCCUUUACGUUUCACUGGAUGGCUUCUUCAUCUCCCUCUUCCGUCACCAACGGUAACAAUAUCGUCCCUCCAACUCCCUCCUCGUCCAAUGACGUGGCUGCGGCUGCAGCUGCGGCUCCUCCUCCCUCUGCUUCCUCUGCUAUCGAUUUUCUCACUCUCUGCCACCGCCUCAAGACGACGAAGAGAGAGGGUUGGGUGCGGAGAGAUGUACAGAAUCCGGAAUCAAUAGCUGAUCAUAUGUAUCGAAUGGGAAUAAUGGCUUUAAUUGCUUCUGAUAUCCCCGGAAUUGAUCGAGACAAGUGUGUUAAAAUGGCAAUUGUUCAUGAUAUCGCUGAAGCCAUUGUUGGCGAUAUUACACCUUCCGAUGGCAUUUCUAAGGCUGAGAAGAGUCGAAGAGAGCGGGAAGCCUUAGACCAUAUGUGCAAAUUACUCGGUGGAGGGUCAAGAGCAAAAGAAAUAGGGGAAUUAUGGAUGGAGUAUGAAGAAAAUUCUUCCUCAGAAGCCAAAAUUGUCAAAGACUUCGACAAGGUAUGUCGUGUGGAGAUGAUACUUCAAGCUUUAGAAUAUGAGAAUGAACAAGGGGUGGAUUUGGAUGAGUUUUUCCAGUCAACUGCGGGGAAGUUCCAGACUGAAGUUGGCAAAGCUUGGGCCUCAGAAAUAGCAUCAAGAAGAAAGCAACAUUAACUUGUACUUGAAAAGCUUGAUAAGUGUUGUUCUGCUUUCAGUUGAUUUGUGGCAUGUUUAGUUCUAAAGAGCUCAUUGUUCAAUUUCUAAUGCCUCAAACAAAUGACAAUUAAUUUUUUUCCUACAGGAUAAUCAUAACAGUAGCUAAGCAUAUUUUUCAUUUUCUUUUAUUUUUUCUCUUCCCGUUUUCCUAUCGUUGUCUUUAUUAUAAAUUAUCUAGUGUAAGUAGGGAGAGACGGAUUUAGGGUAGCGGUUGUUCCCACUGAAAUUCCAAAAUGUACUUUUU